AUGAUGCACGCACUGUGGUUUGUCGUUAUGUUUCUAUCAACACUCGAUCUUCAAGAUAAAACUGUGUAUGAAUGGGUGAAAAAUGUUGAUGAUGGUAUUCCAAAAGAACCAGCCAUAAGGAAACCCCGAGAAUCGACAAUACAGGUUAAUAAAGUCAACAAAGCGAAACAGUUUUUACAGGAUCUACCUAAAUUACCAUCGCAUUAUUGUCGUUCUACGUCUAAGAAGAGUUACCUAGAACCAAUAUUUACCACCUUCUCUGAGCUGUUCAAAGUGUAUGUUGAUGAUUGCAAGCAAGAAAACAAGCCAUUUUUACGUCGAAAGGCGUUCCGUUCCCUAUUUGAUGAUAUGAGUCUGGCAAUACAUCGUCCCAAAAAAGAUAAGUGCGAUAUAUGUUCUGGUUUUGAAGUGGGUAACAUUUCAGAAGAGGAAUACAACCUUCAUAUUGCCCGCAAAAUAAAUGCCCGAAAUGAGAAGAUUCGUGAUAAGCUUCGGGCUGAAACUGAUGGCUCAGUUAAAGUCGUUUCUUUAGAUUUGCAGUCCCUCCUGUUAUGCCCAUUACUCACUGCUAGCUCGAUGUAUUACAAAACCAAAUUGGGGUGCCAUAAUUACACAAUUUUUGAUUUGGUAACUAAGGAAGCAAUGAAUUACUUUUGGCAUGAAGGUAUUGGUGAUUUGAAUGGUAGUACGUUUGCGUCUUGUUUAGCUGACUACAUUCUUGGUUUGGAUCCGAACAUUAGAGAACUCAUCAUCUUCAGCGACGGAUGUACAUAUCAAAACAGAAACACAAUAUUAUCAAUGAAAGAUUGUGGAGCUGUACCACUGGAUAUUUCAUCUACAGGAACUGCAGUAAAUGGUACAACAUACACAAACGAAGCAGAAUAUACUUGUAAUGAAGGAUUUGAAAAAGCAAGUGGUAAUACUAAGAUUGCAUGUUUAGCGUCAGGUCAAUGGGAUGUUGCUAGUUUGUUAUGGAGGUCAAUCGUAUUCAGAAUUAGAUGCUAUGUACUUGUCUAA